AUGGCCAGAAACACCACCAAGAACAAGCGCUGCAGAGGACACCAAAAAGCAAUCUCCAAAAAGAAAUCACAUUCUGGCAUUGAAUCUGGCCAUAGGAAUUACUCACUCUACGUAAACAGGGUCCUAAAAGAAGUGGUUCCCCAGAAGGGCAUAUCAUCUCGUACCAUGGACAUCAUGAACACCAUGAUCAACGACAUGUUUGAGCGCAUUUCCACUGAAGCCUGCAACCUAAUGUGUUACAGAAAACGCUGUACCCUCACCCCUGAAGACAUUCAGAAGGCAGUGUAUUUGCUGCUGCCUCAGAAACUGGCUAAGUAUGCAGUGGCUUUCGGAACUGAAGCUGUCCAACGAUAUGUCCGCUCCUAA